AAGAAGAACACGGAAGAGGAGACAGAACAGAGGAGUGAAGAGAAGAAGGAAGAAGAAGAAGAAGAAACAGAGAAAAGAAAAGGAAUCAGAGAAGAAAAUGGGAGUGGAGAAGCAAUUGUUGAGGCCUGGCACCGGUCCCAAGCCACUUCCUGGUCAACAAGUCACCGUUCACUGCACUGGUUUCGGGAAGAACGGCGACCUCACUCAGAAAUUUUGGAGCACAAAGGAUCCCGGCCAAACCCCUUUCUCCUUUAAAAUCGGCCAAGGCUCUGUCAUCAAAGGAUGGGAUGAAGGUGUGAUUGGCAUGCAAAUUGGUGAAGUUGCUCGUCUCCGGUGCACUCCUGAUUAUGCUUAUGGUGCUGGUGGCUUUCCUGCUUGGGGAAUACAGCCCAACUCUGUUCUGGAAUUUGAAAUCGAAGUCCUGAGUGUGAAUUGAAAACCUUGUUAGUUUGUCUGUCUCCGCGCAAAGAAUAAGAGCAUCUCUUUCCAUGGGCAUGUGUAACAGUAUCCCAAUGCAAUGAGUGAUAUUUAAGGUGGCUGAGUUGUUUGAUCUAAAUGCUAAAUGACUUCUUGAACU